GACGAUAAAGGGGGGAGGGAGACACAGAGGCGUUGGAAAGGAGAUGUGAAAGGCAAUACCACGUCAAGAAGGAAUCCUUCAAGUCAACCAGUUGAUCUUGCGAAAAAGUGCAUGCCAUCUUAUUCAGGACUGACGACACUUGCAGGAGCGCUGGACUCCAUAUGCCACCGAACGUGUUUGUCCUAGAGGGCAAGGGGGGAUCAGCCUCUCCUCCUGCCAUCAUUAUUCUCUUUGGCUGGCUCGGAGCACCUGAAAAACACCUGAUGAAGUACGGGGAUAUGUAUCGCUCAGCGACGAGCGGCAUUAUUAUCGGGACAACAGCGUCCCCGUUGGAUAUCAUGCUGAGGAACGAUCGUAAGCUUUGCGAGGUCGGGAUCGAAGCCUUCCGAAAGGCUUCAUCAGCUCUGCAUGUGCAUGGAGAUGAAGCAAAGCUAUACAUCCAUUGCUUUUCCAACGGUGGAGCGUUCUUAUGGGACGCCUUGAGGAGAAGGAUUGAGCGAUGCAUCGAGGCGAAAGAUGGAUACUCCAAUCCAGAUGCCGAGCUGCUAAAGUUCACUCACUCAAGGCUUGCAGGGCAGAUUUUUGACUCGUCGCCGUGCUAUCUGGUGCCAAGCAAGGGAUUAUCUGCCAUUGGCAUUGCCAUCAACAGUCUCAUGCCUCGCUUGUUGGUUCAGACAUUUUUCUUCCUGCAAGUCACCUUUCAGGCCUUGUAUGAUUUUUUCACAUUACAGCGACAACUGCCUCAGCGAUGGUGGGACUCCUUGAUAAAAUCACCUGCGAUCGGCAAAGAACUUUACCUUUACUCUGAUUCAGACCAACUUCUUGAUAAGAAUCACCUGGAGAUGCUAAUUGCAAAGCGGCGGGAAAGAAAAGUUCUAGUCGAGUCUCAUUUGUUUCAUGGAGCCGGCCAUGUCCAAUUGUUUAGAAAUGAACCUCAAGAGUAUUCUAAGAGAUGUCUCGCGUUUUGUGAUCUAUAGAUUUGAGACUG